GGAAACGACGAAGAACACGAUAGUAUUAUUAUUAUUAUUAUUAUUAUUAUUAUAUUAUCGUAACGACGACCGUCGAGGCCACCGUAUCACCUGAACCGUUACGGCAAUGCCCACUCGGUCUUGGCGUAUAAACGCAAUUUGCGUGUGUGUGUGCGUGUCCCGUCCGCGUUUUCUUAACGUACACCGAACGCACACACGCGUAAACCGCACAUCAGAAAAACCGCUUCAAAAGUCUUGACGUGUGUGCUUACGCGAACCAUCGGCGACAGUACGCCAUCGACAAUCGCACGUUCGCCACCACGUCUUUGCCUUCGUCGUCGUAGUCGUCCGUCAAGUCAUCGGGUCCGUUUUUGUCGUCGACUUCAUCAUGCACGCCGAAUGGCCGCGCAGGGUAAGUCCGAAGUCGUAUAAUAUGAUAUCGUAUGCUAUAUCUCCAGCCUCGGGUAAGAAGUGCAACCGUAGUGAAUUUUCGGUGUUUUUUGUUUGUCUUUUGUGUCUGUUGACAAAUUUUCUACCGGAAAUCGCGUUCUGAUCAAAAAACGGCUAGAGACCUUUUUCGUUGCAUUUCGGAUCUAGUUGGCGAUGAGGAAGUUUUUUGAUUUUCCGAGUGGUUAAUAAUUAGGAAAAUCCGGAAAAAAACAUAGGAGAAACGGGCAAUAGAAUGGUUUUGUUAUUUUCAAUUUGGUUUUUUUUAUUUGCGAUUCGGUUAAUUAGAAUCGUUAAGAUCUGAAUUUUUCUCAGAAUACUUACAUUAGCUUUUUCAAUACCCUUUUUUCUUUUGAAUUACACAAGUGUAUGUAUUUUCAACAAUAGUAUAUGCAAUGCAGUAUUAGCGUAUUCGAUUUUUUUGUUCAAUGCCCAACUGGAUUUGCUUGUAUUUAAAACUAUACAAGAUUUGCUUAAGCUCAUCUUCCUUUGAACCAAAGAUAUACUUAGCCACUGUUCUUUGUCGGCGUUACGAAUUCGCAAAAAGAAUCGUCGAUAUAUCCACGUCACGUAAUUAUAUAAACGUUUUUCCGUGACCGUUGGGGAAAACUUUUACAUUCUGAGCGAAGCGAAUAUAUAUAAUUGUCUUUACAUUUCUGUUUUAGAUUUGAGCUCAGCGAGGAAUGUAUUGGUAUUACUAUGACGCGUUUUUUUUCUAUCUGUAAACAGCUCUUCUAUAUCAGACAUUUUUUUUUCAAAUUUCAAAUGUAACAUCUAUUCUGAAAUAAAAUUUUAUUUUGUUGUUACUUUUGGAGACCAUUUUUUUGAUUUUCCUUUGUAGUUUUCCACAUAAUUGGUAAAAACAAUUCCAAAAAUCCGGUUUCAUUUUUUUCAAUUUUGUCUUUUAUGCAUUUCGGUUGAAAAAUGAUAUUGUAAACAUUUAACAUUUUUCACAGAAUAGGUUUCUAGUCAUGAACAAAUUUUCAAAACAUUGUGGUAAUUGUCGAGUUAUUUAUAGGCAUUUAAAAUUUUCGACUUUUUAAUUGGUUUUAUGCAGAUAAAAUUAAUUGGUCAAAUAGAAAAGCUAAACAAUUCAACACGAGUUUCUUCAAAAGUUGUAAUUAGUGGUCGAAAAAAAUUCGACCUUAAUCUAGUAGUUUUUUUUAUAAUCGUUUAAAGUUCAAUUAUUGACGUUACUCGAAAAAAUCAAGGUAUUUCAAAUUUAAUGUAGAACGGAAUUUCACUGAGAAUCGUAUUUCAUUAGCAAUGAAUAUAUCCACCCUUUUAUAUUUUAUAUAUUAAUUUUGUUUAAACGAAAUAUAUUAGAACAUGAAUUUAAACGUACGUUGAUAUGAUUAUGUAUACCUGAUGUAUUUUGAUGUCUAAUAAUAUUAUUAAAAUGUAUGUAAUUAUAACGCUUGAAAAAUGACUCAAGGAAAUUGCAAAAUAGAAUCGUUAAAAUCGUUCGUAACACGUUUGAAUGAAAUCUGCAAGCACCGUUAUUUAAUUAUAUUUAAUUUAUGAACCGGAUAAACUCGUUUUUAAACGGAAAAUUCGUUUAUUUUUGGAAGAUAAAUUGAAAAAUCAAAAUAUAUUCUAUAUUUUGAUAACUUCCUAAAAUAGCAUACAUAUGUGGCAAAUCAACUUAUUCAAUGUUCAAGUCUGAUCGCUGUACGAAAUUGUAUUUACAUAUAGGCCGAAAAUAAUAUAAUAAUAUUAAAUAGGAUUAAUAGGAUCUACUGCCGUGUAAUUUUCCCGCUUUUUUUUUUAUAAAAUAGGAUCGUACAUAGAAACCCAUCCCUAUAGAGUUGUUGGUUUUAUACAACAUAUUAUCAGCGCUAUUAUAUUUUAAUCAACGCUAAACAAUUCGGGUUGUGUUUUUAAAAAUUUAAAGUACAGUUUCGAUUUUUUUUUUUUUUACUAAUUAUUAAAGUUUGAAUAUUUGUGCGCUAAAAAAUUAAUAAAAUAGACGAACAUGCGUGACAAAUUGUCAAACUAUGCAUGCAAGUACAUUAAAAACCCGCCGUAAUUGUCACAAUUGAUUUUCAAAAACACUUUGUGCGCGUCUCUGUAUAUGUAUAAAAAUAAAAUAUAGGUAUUCAAACUCAGAUUCGAAUUCAGUAUUGAGAACGUAUCCGACGUAAUCACUCCCCGUAAUUGGAUUUAAAAAAAAAGCUACGAUUAUUUUGCGCGAGUCCAUUCUACUCUUUCCGUAUUUAUAGUAGAGUCAUAAAAAUCCCCACCAUAUUAAGACGAACUUCAUACGUGUUAUAAAAUUCCUUUUUUCGGUAAAACUGCCUUACCCAAUCACGGUUUAACUUAAUUUAAUGCAUAUAAGUAUUAAGUACUUAUGUAUUCAUUGUUUAGUGAAUAAACACUUCAACUCAAUUAAAGACUUAAAUACGGUCCGGUUGUUUGUUGUAACAUACCUACCGACUUUGAUAAUUGCAAACGCAUUUUCAGAAAUCGUUUGAUGAGCGACAAUAAAUGUAACUAAAGCAAACUAACAUAUUUUCGCUAACGUCUGUGUCUCUUUAUCCGAAUUGUUUUCGAAAACUCGUUUUCAAAAAAAAAACAACGUAUUUCUGGUUUGAUUAUUGUGUCGCCGUAUUAUUUUUGAAAGUCGUUUCAAAGUUGAAAAGUUGACAAUGUAUGUCUUUGUUAGCGGUACAAAUUACAUAACGUAAUAACGGUCUGGUUUGCUGUCCGAAAUGCAUUCUGAAAAUGGCGAUUUUUUUUUUUCGUCAGUUCAACGCCGUCUCACAAUAAGUUUAGCCAUAAUCAACUUUAUAGUUUGACCUAAAUUAAUUCACUCCGUAUUUGUUUGGUUUUUACGACGAGACUCGUAAAAAUACGGUACUUGCGAGCCGUAAAUAGUUUUGGAUUCAGACCUCAACUAUCGAAUCAUACUGGGAACAAUAUGUAUUAAAUAUAAUAUACGCCGCAGUAAUGAUAGAGCGGACAAAUUGUCGCAUAGUUCGUCUCAAAUACAAUAUAGAAAUAAAUGUCGCGGUUUUAUUAGUUCAAUAUUUUCAGCAAUUCGAUGUGUGAUAAACGGAAUAAUAUGAAUAAUAUGCCGAACGAAAUUAUGUCGCAAUAGUGUCGCGUAUGUACCCCGAUCUAUGAAUGUAUACAACAUUUUCAUGGAAAAAGCGACAAUGUAUUAUCACUCGAUGAGCUCUGACAGCUGCACCAAUACAAUGCAACGAUCGAGAGACUUGGUUGGAGUGUGGGGGCCAAGUCAUAUUUUUCAUAACGUCGUAUAACAAAAAACAUAUUUUAUAUUUUAUAGUUUAUCUAUACUUCUUAGUAUGGAUAGUAGAUACUUUCUAACUACUCACUUGUACUCGUACUCUGUAAUAAUCGAUAGUAUAAUAUGUUUUUUUUUUUUUUUUGUAAAGUUGUUUUUAACAAAAAAUUCGGGCCCCCCAAGCCCCCCUAGCGGCGUUGAAAUUUGAAUGCGUUUCAAAAUUUUAAUGACGCGACGCAAAGUCAGCUGAUAACUAAUGCAGUUUUGAAAACAUGCGUUUGUAAACAAAUUAUAUAUUCCGUAUAAAUAAACCGUACCUACAAAAUAAUUUCAAAUUGUCGAGAAUGGAAAACUACCUAUGUGCCAGCGAUUUUUUUAUUACGCGGUUUAAGUAGGAGAGUUUAAAGACAAACACCUUUCAGUUCACAUAUAAUAUAGGUGUAGGGUAAAGCGUAAAAAGAACGAUUCUCUGAAAUCUGUUUCAUACGACCGUGGUACAUACAGGGUGAUUUUUUUUAUCACGGCCGAUAAAUGAACUACAAUGUUUUCGAGUAGAUUCAAUUUUGAAUUUUGUUCAGCCGUUAGAAAAACCGUUUAAUUUACUAAUUUACGAUAUUUUAUAUUCUCGUAUUCCGUAAAAGUAUGUCAUAAGACAUAUGAACAUUUUAUUUUCAAACAGCAACCGACAUUUUUAAACUCUGGUUCUAAAAAGAGAAUAUUUUCUAACAAAUUCUGUUAGAUGUAUAUGACUUAUAUAGGGUUUAACUAUAGAUACUAAGAUUAAAUCAUACAUGUAUAGUUAUAACGAUUUAUCAUUUAGACCGGAUGAGUUGGGAAUGUUUUUCUAAACAUGGACGUUUCUUACUCUUCCAGCGUAAUAUAGGUUAUUAUAGGUUAAAAUUUAAGAGGAAUGAGGUUAAAUUACAACACGCCUAUCUUGAUAAAAAUAAAACAUUAAAAAAACUAUGCGUUCAAUACAUACAAUGAUUAAAUAUUAUUUUCUUAAAAAAAUGCAUUAACCCCUUUGCCCUGCAAACUCAAUCAGAGGAUAGGAAUCGCUGACGUGCGAAAUUACUUAUUUGUUGUAUUGCACGCGAAACAGACAGUGGAAACAUAUGUUGUUGUAGAGACGAGUCCUAUUAAUAAAAUCAUUAAACGCGGUAAAUAAUAGCUGUAUAAUAUCUGUAAAUCAAAUUUACUCGGCAUUUCAUUGUAAACGUAUCACCCUGUAUAUCGCAUAAUAUUAUGUAUAACGUAAACAAUAGGUUUGACGUCAAGUUUUUAUGUCUUCCUGCAUACGAUGGUGGCGGCAGCGUGUAUUUGUUGCUUUUAUAACGUGUCGUUUUAUUCGAUUGUGUUUACGACGUCUGACGAUGGCUAAAGGGGCCAAACUCGUACAUUAUUGCACACCAAAAUAAUCUUGCAGAGAAAACGUUAUUAAACUUUGAAAAUAUUACAUUGUAGCAUCCUAGUUCCUUCCCAAAUAUAGAAAUUGUAUUCGAAGGUAAACUAUAUUUUAUUUUCCCCGUUAGGGUGUGUUAAUGAUUGUUGACCUCCGUGAUGUUUUACCGAGAUCAAAUUUCUUCUGUGAAAUUUUUCUCUCCCUCCCCCCCCCACCCGGGAAUAUUUAACUGACGAACCCUAAUAAAACCAAGGGGUGAGUAUUCUCUAAUGAAAUUUUACCUCCUGAUAGUUUGCUGCUGAUAAUUUUCUAGUUAACAUUUAUUGCGGGUUACAUAAAUGGUUACACCGGAUAGUUUAGGAACAGCGCCUCAUCCUAGUAUGAUUACUAGGAUAUACGGUUUUAAAAAGUGAUUCAUCGCUUAUUCAUCUUAAUAUUGUUUUCAUAUUAUACAUAAACUGUACACUGUAUUUUCAUUGUUGCCGCACUUUAUCGGGGUGUAUAUAAAUGAGUGUGGUUAAAGUCUACUACAACUUACAAGUUCAUUCUAUAUUAUUAUAUUUUUGAUCUGAAAUUGAUCAAGCGAUGAUAUGGAUUACCCUGAAAGAGAAGACCAUCAAUUAUAAUAACAAAUUGUCACUGAAUUAAAAGUCACGAUUAUAAAAUCAUAAAACCAAUAGUGAAAUUUUAUUUCAGUUUUUAUGCAAAUAAACUUUAAAGUUUUAAAUUCAAAUUUUGAAUGUUUUUAUAACCGUAUUAAUAUUAACGUGAAAGUUUGUUUGGAUGGAUUUUUGUAAUCCCUUCACGUCAAAACUACUGAGCCGAAAACUAAUUGUGUAGUUGAAUAGUUCUGGAUCAGAAAUGACAUAAAGACUACUCGUUUCCACCGAAUAAAAUCUCUAAAGAGAAGGAGGGGCUGACAGAGUGUACUAGUAUUUUUGGUAUCCAAAUCGAAUUAUUUUCGUUAAUUUAUGGGUUACGUUGGUGAUUUCAUUUCGUUGGUAUCCUACAAUUAAUCUGUUUUGUGAUUUUGAAGUGAUCAUGAAAAAAAUUAUCAUGUAUCUAUUUGAAACUGAUGUGGUGAUAUUAAAACCGUAUCCAGUUUACAAUACACGUUUAAAAACUUUAAGUAAUUCAAAUUAUAUAAAAGUUUAUUUGGAAAUUUGGAAAAUGCAAUGCGGUUCAUGUAGGAAUUGAUUUAUGUAGAAAGUUAAUUAUGGAUAUCACUGGGUUUAAAUCAAAAUGAAUGUUAGUCGACUAUUUGUAUACCUUAGAUUUAAAUAACUUCAAUUUAUGAUAUUAUUAGUUUUUUGCUUAAUUCGAUUAGCAUGCAGUUAUCGUUUAUCUGUAAAAAAUGUAUUUUAACGGGUUACAACUGUCUACUUGUUGAACUCGCUCGCCCCAAGCACAAACCUUGGGGGUAUCGCCGUUUUCUUAUUUGUUGUUUUCAAAAAUUUUGUUUGACUUUAUGAUUAUUGUACAUUUAAUCUAAACUGUAUAUGUUUUUAAUGACGUACUAUAUUAUUAUCCAUAACAAAUAGAUAGGGUAAAAUCGACUCCAGUGGCAGAGCUCUAUUGCUUUACGGAUGUUUUACCCGGGACGUAAUCGAUACGAGAAUAAGGUUCUUAUAACAUUAUAACUCUUGUUAAAUUUCGAUUAUUUUUAUUGGUUUUAUCCGCACGUCGUACGUUGAGGUCGAAAACCGUUUUUUUUAAUGAUUCCAAUGUUUAUUUAUAUAAUUCGCUAUUAAAAACAAAAUGCGAUAAGUGAAAAAUAUGAUUUUUAUUUUUUUAUAUAGCACUUAUCAUACCAUAUAGCAUACUGUUAUACCAUUAUAUAUUAUAUCCUCGGGGCAUUGUGAGAUGAUAAUUUCGACUGUGCGAAUGCGGUGAGAAAAUGUUCAAGGAGGUUUUUUUUUUUUUUAUUUUGUGUUCCAUACUUUUAAAGACCUCGUUCAAAUAUCGAUUCAUAUUGUUUAACUAUAAAGUUGUGUAGUUCCAUUUAGCUUAUGGCUAUUUUUUAAUAUUUUAUACGAUCAAUGGAAGCUAUAUUUUAUAUAUAUAUAUAUAUACAUGUACUUAAUAUAAUGACCCACGGAAUACUCUUGGGGGCAAGUUCCAAAAGAGUUUAAAGAGUUUGUUAUUAAACCGUUAUUUUUAAUAUUCUAUAAUGCGGCGAGGAAUUUUCAAUUCUCUAAAAACUUUUUUUUCUACGCAUAUAUAGGUACACAAUAUAAUGUUAUAUAUUGUAAAACUCGAUAUUUGAAAAUAUUAUUAAAAUAAAUAAUACACUAGCAUCCGUAUAGUAUAUAAAAUAUUCUUAACAAUAAUAUCCUAUAAACUUUAACAACUUAUAGGUUUUAUACAUUAAAAAAAAAAAAAAAAAAUGCAAUAAUUUCAUUAAAUGGAAAGUUCAUAAAUGACACGGGUAUUCGUGCAGUAAUACGAAUAUAUUAAUUUAUCGAAUAUUUUAAGUCUGUAUAUUUACAGACUUGAAAAGCAUAUGUAUAUAAUAUGUACUAAUGGAAAACUUUUCAUUGGAUUCCGAGUGGAGCAAAGAUAAUGCGCUUUUUUUUCACCCGGGAAACUCUUUUUUCGGCACGCUGAAAAACAUUCAAACUAUACGGUUUACCUUGGAAGACUCGGAUUUUUCACACGGCACGGGUAUACUCGAUUUAAAACAUUUUUCUUAGAUUUCCAAUAACGUCUGUGACAAAAUUCGAAAAAAAACACACCGACACAACAAAACAGUUGCAGUAAAAUUGCCAUUUUUUUUAUUAUAUUAUUAUUCUUUUUUUAUAUUUACGAUAUCACGCAUGUUAUAUAACUGACAAUUCGAUGAUGGGUUUUCUGUUCCGAUGGAAUAUGAUUAUAUUAUUAUAUAUAUAUAUAUACUUAUUAUAACCAUGACGCGACGGAUGGCUACGUUAAAAACUACGUUAAAACCUACUCGAUUGUUAUUUUGAACACGUCCCUAUACAACAGUAAACAGUAUAUACACUUAACAAUGAUGCGACCCUGUGAUACAAUACGAACUUUCAGACCAAAAACUCCGGUUUAUAAAGUCCCGUAUGAAAGUUUGGACGUAAAACCCUCCACUUUUGGGAUCAUACGCAUAGCUAUGACGAAUGAAUUUCAGUGUUGUAGUAAUAUUAGCCGUCCCGCCUGGUUUCGCUCGUGUGAUAAAAAAGUUUCUCCCCGUGUUCACCUAACAAUAAUUAUUUUUUGUUUUAUUUUAUCCGGACCACUAUAGUUUUACGCCCCUUUAUCACAGUUAACUACGUCGACUGUACCAAAUUAAAUAUUUUAUCUAAGCCACUUACCCCCUCUCGGCUACCCCUCCGGUACUUCCAUUUCCUCCACCUUUCACUUUUUCGUACCUCAAUGAUAUCGCAUUUACUUACAAAGUUGAAAUUUAAAUAUGUUUAAAAGACAUUUUCGCGUGUUUGUCAUCUUUUAGAAAAAACGCGAAUAAACACAAAUUAAAUACGUACACAUAAUAAUUAGGGGUUACACAAAAACCAAAAAAUGGAAUAAAAAAAUGUUGUAAAACAUUGCGAAAAAGAAACCAAUGACAUAAUGCAUAUUUUGAUGAGCAUAAACGCUGCAGAAUGACUAAAUCAUCACCAUGAAUAAAUAUUCUACAGUAUCGAUAAGUAUCGGUAAAUUAGGCAACCAAAUCAACUUUAUACACAACGUUUAUAGUUGUUAAUAUUAUACAUUAUACAAAAUAUAGUUUAUCAAGUUGAUUCGGUUGCCUAACGUAACUGAAGAUAGAAAAUUUGCUACACACUUGAGUUGCACGAAUGAAACUGGGGGGGGGAUAAGGAUAAUUUUUAAGAAAUAUUAUUACUUACCUAAUUUUUUUAUAACCGUGUAGAUAUAAUAUAGUAUGCAGGGUAGUUUUUAAACAUGUUCACCCCUUUUUAUGAUUAAAUUAUGCAUACAUUAAAAUUCAGAAUUUUGGAAUUUUAAGUACAGUGAACGACGAUAUUUUCGAAUACUCAGAUUUUUCACAAAAUUUAAGAAGUAUCCGGUGGCGAUAAAACUUUGGUUUUCAAAUGAUUUUUCUGGAAACUCUGACGCAUUUUAAUUGAAAUUUGAAUAAAAAGUUUCUACGUUAUUCUGCUUUAAACACUGAGAAUAGAAGGAUAGGUAAUAUCCUUUUAUGGAAAUUGGAAACCGACUGUUCUAUAGGAGCCGUGUAAAGGCAGUUUCUUGUCUUUGAAUCGAACAAUUAUUAUUCUAUAGUAUUUAAUGUAGAAAUUUUUUUUUUAAAUUUCGAUUACAAUACAUCAACAUUUUCAGUAAAAUCAUUUGAUUGACAACUUGCGUCAGAACGUGUUGGUUCACAUAAAAAAAAAAAAAAAACAAAUUGUUUUCGCCGUGGGUUACUGAAAUGCGCCGUGAAACGUCUGAGUUAUUCGAAAACGCCGGGUUUUUCAUUUCGCUCGAAAAAUUCCGAAAAUCCGAAUUUAAAUAACUCGCCGUUUUGCCGCUGUCGGGUCGGUUUUUUUUAAAGAACAUUGUUGCGGUCGAAAAGCAAUCGGUGUCGCACAAAACGAUGUUUGCGCGUCACGUUGUCGGUGGCGAACCCGGGGGAACGGGGCGCGGCGACGAGGGCGAUUGGCCCCUUACAGUUACGCUCGGCGUCGCACCAUUGGCGGGAUUUCUCGCGCCGAGCGCCGUCGCGCGCGUAUUUAAAACCCCCACCUCCUGUUUCGCGUGUCUUCCUGGGUCCGACGGGUCCGCGAAUGCCGCACAGCGCCCCGUUGUGCACCGUCCGAUUCCACGCAGCGCGGAUAACGCGGCGAUAGCCGACGGCACUGCGCGCGAUCACACCGGCGAUUUAACCGUCUCGGGUGCUCGUUACGCUAUUCUCGGGACGUAUUGCGGUGUCACGGCCACAGACAUCGUUGUGUCGUUGUACCCGGCGCCGCGUAACGUACGGGAAUCGAGCGUUUCGGCGGGGCCCGCCCCGUGUUCGAUGCGCCGGACGAACACAGAUACCGCCGCGAACGAGCACGGCACGCGUUGACGUUCAAGGACGAGAGCAUUGUCUUCACCUCGCGUAAAUUCGCCGAAUAAAAACGGUUUUUUGUAAAAGCAAACGACGGCCGCGGCGAGAUGAUGACGACGGCGAUUAUAAUAACGACACAAGGAAGUUGCUCAACAAUCGGAGACGGCGAACAAUGAGGCGAACGCGCGUGUGCGCCGGGCCGGCAAUCUUUGGACCGGAUCGCGGGCCGUUGUCGCGAAACGCGCGCUCGCCGUGUCAAUGUUUGGCGAAACAAUAAUUACCGCGUCUCGGACCACGUGACGGCCAACGGACUUUUUCGCGUUCAUCGGCCGCCCGCGUAAUGCCUCGUAACGUCGCCCGCUCAUACGCUCGUACGAUACGCCGGCCGGCCGCGCCGGCAACCCGAACGGCAAAACAAGUCCGGUAACGCGCCGGUCGGUCAGGUUAGGCCGGUGAGGUUCGGCGACGGGACGUGUUACUGCAGACGAUAGUGCAAAUAUAACGAUAACAACUCAGACCGUUCGAUAUGUUCGAUAAACCUCAUAAAAAUUCAAUUCAAACCGGAAUAAACCGGUCAUUCACUCGAUCGGACAUACAGUAGUACAUUAGUAGUCGUGACCGUGCCCCAAACAAUGAUGACUGACAAGACCAAUUAUCGUGCCCGUAGCCAUAACGAUAUUUUGUUUUAUUUUUUAAUUUUUGUUUCGGCACCCGGUAAAACGGCCCCGCGUCAUAACAUUUCAAUUUGACCGGAAGAAGUUACUUACGGCACCGCAUAAACAAAUUACAGAAAAUUCAAAAGUAUGUGUAAUAAAAAUCCCGGAUAAAUCUCACUCGGAUGCAGUCGUCCAGAUUAGGUUCAGAUAGGUACCGUACUUUUUUAGCGCGGUUAGAUUCGGGGGAAGGUAAACUGCGUCCUAACAGUAUCCAUGUUAAAAAGGAUUUGAUUUUGCGAAAAUAUAGAACAGUGGUUUCCAACCUGGAAAUCGCGGUCCACAAAGGGGUCGCGAGUGGGGUCACCAAAAACCAUAAGUAUCGUGUAUACUAUACACCGUACUGUUCAAGAUUUAUUGAAUGAUUUUUGCAGGGGUCGUCAUGAACGGACAAAAAAAAAUUAAGGGGUCGCCAUUCGUAAAAGGUUGAAAACCAAUGAUACAGAGCUAUCAAUUUUUUCAAUUUUACUCGGGCGCAGUUUGCAUACGUGAUUUUGUGUUUACCUCGGACGCGGUUUACAAUCGCCGGGACGGAAAAUCGGUACGAAAAGCGUGCGACAGCGCCGGGCCUCGAACCAACGUUCUCGGAGGGGUGCCUGAUGUCCGUGUACUCCUCUUCGGGUUAGAUAUCGAGGUACCCGCGAUAAAAAAAAAAAAAAAAAAAAAAAAAUUUGCACCGGGCCCGCAAAUCGAUCCGCCAGAUAAGUGUUUAUCUCGGGGGGGGGGAAAGGGGAGUGACCGGGGGAUAAAGUCAGAGAUGGAUUUAGCGUCAGGCAAACUAGGCAACUACCUAGGGCGGAAAAUGUUUUACGCCAAUAUUUUAUUGAGAAUACAAGUUGUUUUUUUUUUUUAAUAUUUCGUAAGGUGAUUUUUAAUUUUUACAAUUGAAGGAAACUGCCUACCAAUAAUUUACAGUAAUGUGUUUUCGCAAUCCAAAAGUCAAAUUAAUUUUACGCGUAUUUACCGAGUGUUGGUCAUUACUUAUUGCACACUGCGUGUACAAAAAUACAAAUUUUUUCCAUCCGAAAGGUAACAAUUGUGACAAUAUUUUUGUCCGCGACUAUAAAACUAGAAGGCGGCCGAAUGGAUACUAUAUUGGUAUUGUCCAUGCGUUUAUUCUGAUUAAACGUUCGACGUUAUUGACGGCGCGACUUUCGAUGCGGAUCGACUCAAUAUUCGGUUAUUGCCCGAUGAGUAAACGCUAUAGUUUGCAAACAUCGAGUUAUUAUUGUUUGUUUUUUUUUAGCAGUUGUGUUAAACGAGCGUUUGAAAAUUCGUUUUCUCGCUGAUAAGCUUAACGGGGCGGCCAAACGAAAUUCGCCCGGGGGCGGCAAAUCCUGCGUAAAUCCGUCUCCGGACAAAGGUCCGCGACGAACGCCGCGCCCGGCACUGACCCCGUACACGAGAAACGCCGAACGGGUGGUGUGCACGAGCAGAACACCACAAUGCGGAGUUCCAACACACGUCGAGGAGUUUUCACGUCGCCAAAACCGAUCCGUUGUGCGUUUAAUACGAUUCGACGGGUUGGGGGGGGGGGAUGGAGGGACGGGAAUUAACGCGGUUUUGUGUUCCUAAAUCGUCGCGGCCCGUGAACCACGCGCGAAAUUACCAAUCGGCGCGGGUAUUGUUUCGUUCGCUCGUGUGCGCGCGCGCGCGCGCGAAACGGUCGCGUGACCGCGCGUGAAAUGUCCUCGGCGAACAUUGUUAGUUGUCGCGGUCCGACCUUUGCGCAUCACUCGAGACUCGAUACGCAAUACACCGGUAAACCGGCAAUUCUCAGAGUUUACACUAAUUAUCGAGUGGCGGACGUGUGCGAAUUGUCGAGGGCUGCCGGCGGCCAACAAUAGGAUGAACGACGCGGGUUCAGUUGAAAGACAAAGACGUGUUUUGAUACGUUACGCGGACCGCGAUGAGAUUAUAAUUACUACGAGGACAUUGCGUUAUUUUCGUCGAGCCAAUUACACUAUUUUGCCGUUUCGUUUCGUUUAAUCCGCACACCGGCGCGCGCUUACUUACAUCUUCGGUGGCACGCGUAUUGGUUCGCGAAAAGUGCCGGGGCGGUACAUGGAACUGUCGGCGGAGUCGCGCCCCGCAGUAGGGUUACAAUAAAACACUGGGAAACAAUCGCAUAGCUGGGCGCCGUCAUUAUAAUAACACAUACCUGUCACUGUCGCUCGUGGUUAAACCGACUUUGAAUGUUUCGAUCCACUCGCGUCGGAAGUUGUGUACGAUUUUCGCCGGUUUUCGUCGUGGAUUCAUCUUGUGAUAGAAUCGCCGUUCACUUCUCGUAACCGAUUGGACGGUUAAUGCCGUUCCCGGGGUGGAUUUCUCCGCACGCGCCGUACCUGAAAACACGCAUUUCACGCGAUAAUACAGUCGGUUUGUAUUACUGAACGAAUAUUUGCUAUUAUACGAAAACCAGACGAAUACAAUAAUAAUUCGUGCGAUCCCGCGCCAUUUGAACGAAUACAAUUCGAUAAAUUGUUCGUGGCGCGUCGUAUGGAGCCUUUGCAGCGGCGAAUACAAUUUUUCCGGCGGGCCCCUAUCCGUUUUUUUUUUUUGUUUUUUGUUCAUCGCAGUUCGUCUGGGGCGGCGCUCUAUCGGGGCCCCUUGAAUUCGGUUCCCGGCGACGGCAAACGUCCGUCCGAAUCCGCCACUGAAUUAUUAUUUAAAUCAUUCGGCGUCCCGUUCCGCAUGGGGGAGGAGCGCGUAUAGCUACCGGUCGGCGGGAUAAAUAAUUUUAGCACACUUGAAAGGAAACUAUGACGUCACUAUGUUGUUUAGUUAUCGGGUACAGUGUUUGGUUGCUCGCGGUCACUCCGUCGUAACAAAAACCGAAACACUCGUUUUCGUUAUGAUCCCGUUGUACGCCACAACACAGACACCGUAUUAUAACAUUUUAAUUUUCCUCGUAAAUUCUAUUGCCACGCCGCACAGUUCGCGACACAAAGCGGUGACGUGGUCAGGGAUAUUCGAUUCGCGGGGCCGUACAAUCGAUGUUGUUAUUCAUUCAUGCGGUUGCUGUCGAAAAUGCUUUUAUACCCGAGCGGAAAACAACAUAAUAGCUUUAAAAUUAUUAUUACUCGUCCGCGUAUUUAUAUUUUAUUUUAGUUUUUAUACGGUAAAACCGGGAAAUUAUGAAAAGAAAAAAGUAUGCGAAUAUUUAUAUAUAAAACCCAUAUAGCGUAUCUGCUUUUUAAUUUAUUUUUAAAUCGAUUAACUCGGCGUGUAUAAAACAUAAACGCUCAGAUUUGUAUUAUACACGAGUGUUAUGGACGUACUUAAAGGGGUUGCGGGACAUUUACUCGCUUUUGUGUAUUACAGUCAAUUUAGUUGAAGUACUUAGACAAUUUGUUAAUAUUUUUCUUCUUAAAAAAAAAAAAAAAAACAUCUACUUACUUGAGUGUCACGACGGAAAAAAAAAACGAAACCAUUUUUCUUUACAAUUACAUACAUGGAAAAGAAGGAAAUCAUUUUUCGAAACAGAUAUUGGACCGCUGGGAAGUAUGUUUAUUCUACUCCAGCUUAUUGGUCUAAAUGUAUAGAAAAAAAAAAAAACGAAUCGUUUUCAACCACCUUAAUAUGGUUUACAUGUUUCGAAAACAGAAUAAUUUAUCAUACGUUUCCACAGUAUUUUUUUUUUAUUAAUAUUGUUUUCACGAUUAUUUUAAAAACGGACAGUUAUUUAGAUAACAAAACACUGAAAACCGUAAUUACGAUACAUUAUCGAAACGAUAAAACAUUCGAUAUUGAUAUUAUGACGUAUUAGUAUUAAUAUUUAGGAUACCGGAAUAUUGGAUACGGGUUUUUUUUUUUUUUUUGUAAAAAACCUAUGUUUUCGGGAAUAAAUGUCCAUUAACAUGUCUCUGGAAUGUGAAAAAAGAGUUUAUAAAAUCUGGUUUUCAACCGACAUAUAGGUUAAUUUCAAUAUGAACUCAUGGUUUUCGAUUUCAAACAUCGAUUCGAGUAUCAGUGGCAAAUAUCAGAAAAAAACUCAUAUUGACUAGUCAUUAUGACGUUUUUUAUUAAUUAUUAUACUGUGUACGAAACACAAUGUAACCGAAGUUAUUUAUUUUCAGAGUGUGCAGCGCUAUGUGGUCAAGUGCGUUCUUUUACUGCAACUCAUAUCCGGCACGACCCGGGCGGGAUGUUCGGUGGACCACGGCAACGGGAUGAAUUAUCCCACGACCGCGGCCAGCGGGACGUGGACGACUCGCGGUGGAAUAUCGUCGUACGGCUGGGACAGCCGGCAGCCCGUCGACCCGUGUAGCCGUUGCGCAAACAUGCCACCGCCGUUGCCGGGAUCUCAAUACACGACACAGAUCCACGGUGACCACAGCUUCAAUCCGAACGACCGUAUUGGCGUCGGUGCAGGCCACGCGCCCAACAACUAUGGCGGCACAAGCGGCGGUAGCGCAGGUGGUUACGGGUCGAACAAUCGGCCGGUCGGAUCUGGCGACUACGGUUCGGAAAAUCGGCCAGUCGGCUCAGGUGGCUACGGUUCCGACAAUAAUAACCGGAUCACGGUGAGUCACGGUUUCGGCGAUCGGCCGAGUAACAGUCACAAUUCCGAUAGCCUGGUUAACGUUUACGGUAAUGCGAACAACCGUCCCGCUGGGGAUUAUAGUCCGAACAGUUAUACAGCUGGUAACAGCGGUUACACAGUUUCGGGUACAAACUACGCCGGUACUAGUCACGUUUCUGAAAACCACAUGAAUGGUUACAAUUCAGACAACCAAAUCAGAAAUCCCGAUUACCGGGGCAACGGUUACGACAAUUUAAGUCCGGAAUGGGAUCGGAGACACGGUAUUAAUAACAGUAACAAGAAAGGUAGUGGCAUGGGUGGUGGUAACGGAUAUUAUCAAGGGACGUCAUAUCCAGUUUCUAAUAAUAUGCCCAACGGACAAGGAGUUUACAUGCAAGGAAAUUACCAUAGGCCCUCAAACGACCGGUGGAAUAUAAAAGGAUCGUAUCCGGUGAAAGUUGAAUCGGGGUAUUGGCAGAGCCAACCACCCAAAGACAUUGGCUGGGACGAGGACAGUAAAAAGGUGGGCGUCAUAGCCGGAUGGAUCGGCGGACCGAACAAGUACGAGUCCGGUAAUAAGCAUUCACAGGCGUACAAUUCUCAGCAGGCGUACAAUUCUCAGCAGGCGUACAAUUCUCAGCAGGAUUACAAUUCUCAGCAGGCAUAUAAUUCUCAGCAGUCACAUAAUUCUCAACAAGCAUACAAUUCUCAGCAAUCACACAAUUCUCAACAAGCAUACAAUUCUCAACAGGCAUACAAUUCUCAGCAGGCGAACGACAAGGAUGAUGCCAAUUACUUUGACAAUGGGACCGGCUACAAUGAUGCCAACCGGAAGAGACCCGGUAUGAUGGGCUGGGGAGGUUCGGGAUCGUACGAUGUAGUCAAAAUGAAUGAAGGGUACAAGUACAUUGACAGGAACACCAAUGGCGAUUACGGUAGUGUCACGUACGGGAACGGUUACGGGUAUGGUGGCCAGAACUACGGGUACAAACCGAAUCAAGACUACGGGUCAAAACCUCCAGUGGAUAGCAAUAGGCCAUACGGCGGUCAUGGGGCUGUACAUAAACCCACAGGUCAUGACUACGAAAAACCUUCCUCCACGACGCACGGUUACGAUAGGCCGUCGCAAGGUUAUGACAAACCUACAACUCACGACCAGUAUAGCUCCAGACCUCCGGUAACUUGGACUACAGCUCGCCCCAUUGUCGGGUUUGAAGUCACAUCUCCCAGUCCCAGACCUCCAACGUGGAAUUCCCAGAAACUCGGUUUCCCGAUAAUUGCUUCUCGGCCUACUCAACAUUGGGGUGAAAAUUCGUUAGAAGAACAGUCGGGUGGAGGCAGUGGUGGGCAAAUGGGAUACGGUAAUGGUGGUAACGACGCAGUUAGGCCGAACGACUACGGGUUGAUAAGACCCAAUGGUUACGAUUCGUCGAGACCAAAUGGUUACGAUUCGUCGAGACCAAAUGGUUACGAUUCAUCAAGACCAAAUAAUUACGAUUCGUCGAGACCGAAUGGUUACGAUUCGUCAAGACCGAAUGGUUACGAGUCGUCAAGACCGAAUGGUUACGAUUCGUCGAGACCGAAUGGUUACGAUUCAUCAAGACCCAAUGGUUACGAUUCGUCAAGACCGAAUGGUUACGAGUCGUCGAGACCAAAUGGUUACGAGUCGUCGGGACCGAACGAUUAUGGUUCUUCAAGACCGAACGAUUAUGGUUCUUCAAGACCGAACGAUUAUGGUUCUUCAAGACCGGACUUCUACGAUUCGUCAAGACCCAGUAACGGAAUGGGAAGACCGAACUACGGAUCCAGCAGACCUUAUGUCGGUUCCAUGUACCACGGUACAGCUAUGGUAUCAGAAUAUGGUUCUCAAAGACCGGACUUUAAUCAGUUCGGAGGUUAUUCCAAUAACGGCGGCAGCUCUCAAACAAACAGCAGACCGGGCUACGAUAACGAUAGGCCGUUCGCGAACGGAAACGACGUUUACGGAUCGCAACAACAGACGGGCUCGGGAUACGGAAAAGGCUACGCGUCUAAUUGGGAUUAUUAUUCCAAUUCCAUGAGGUAAGAUGAUAAUAAAAGUGUACGUUAUAUAUUUUAGGGUCUCUAUGGUCUUCCAUACACAACAGUAAAACAGAACGAUAUGAAAGAACUACAAGAAGUCUAUAUGGAAGACCAAAUAUUCUCUCAUAUAUGUGAAGUAAAAGACUUGAUUGGUUAGGGUAUUUAUGGAGGACAAAUGACUGAAUUAUUAAACAAGUAUGAAAUACCAGUGACGGGAAUAAAAGGUAAAAGACCCAUAGGCAGUCCUAAAGAAGACGGAGGGACUCUGUUGUGAAGGAUCUAAAUAGGCUACAAGAAGGAGUUCAGACAAUAGACAUGGCGUAUGGAAGAGGAGAACGGGAAACAUUUGUGAUGACGGUAACGGGCCUUAACGGUCCCGUAGCUGUGCAUGAUGAUGGAGUAAUACUGUCUGUAGGGCUCGGGAUUUUUAGCACUCAAACGAACACUUUAAAAACGUUGAAAUAGGCGAAAAAAAAUAAUAAAAAUAUAAAAAAACAACAAGUAUGAAAUCAAAAUUCUUCUUCGUUCUUCGUUAACAAUAGCCCGCGUGUUGCCGCGUCACUCCCGCGCACAGCACAAUGCCACACUAUAAAUCUCCGGACGUACGGGAGGGUCUUCCCGACACAACGGACACUGGUGUUUGUCGAUGUGAAAAUGGUAAUUUCAAAAAAAAUUUUAACGCCAGCCCGCCGGCUCCGGACACAUUCCGUUUGUGCAUUAUUUCUUUUUCGCGUCUCCCGUCCGAACCGGUUUGGCUUUAGAGGGGCUUCCCGGAUUCGCGUCAUACAAUAACAGCGAAUUAGUGUAGGUAAUAAGUGCCACGCGUAAAAUACAACGUACACGCCUAAUAUUCGAGUACGAUUAAGUACUUCCCCUUGACUCUAUUCCGGUAUUACCGCGUUGCGAAACACCGCGCACAAGGUUUCUGGUUUUUUUUUUCUCUCGUUUGCUGUCUACAGCGUAUAAUAAUAACAAUAAUAAUACGACCGCUCGUUUUGCCACUGUAAUUAUUCUCAGUCGAACGUACGCGCCGCAAUACGGGCAUUACGCGUAGUCCGGUACGUGCACAAGUGGUAAUUGCGUAUAAACACAAUAAAGGUCGAAGAACCAACGCCGCGGUCGCCAACCCGAAAGGUCGACGCUGGUAAAAAAAAAAAAAAAAACAAAACAAAACAAAGAUACAAAAAAACAUCGCGUGUGCACCGCGAGUCCGUCCGGGCCGGCGUACCGUUAAAUUUAUGCCGGAGACCGCGCGGCGCGCAGCAUUGUUACCCGUGCGAAUAUCGUAUUGUUUUUACGGUAACAACAAUAGUAUUAAACAAAACCGGACCUUGAAAUCGCCGCGGACCGUUUAUACGCGCGCGCGGCGCGAUUAGUCGUACGUUUUGACGAAUGGGUUUUUUUUUUUUUUUUUUUUAUAAUCUAAACGAUCGGCACAAUAAACGUGCCGGCGCCGAACCCGGUUUAAUUCGUACGGUCGCGACGCGCUCUCCCGCCCCGAAUCGGCGGUCCGCGGCCGGUCUGCGCGCGGAACGACCCCGUUUCGUUGGGGGGGGGGUGGGAAAUUCUCUGAACCGCCCCGUUCAAAUUGCGCGCGAUUGUAAUUUAGUCCUCGGACACCGACGGGCGGGGCUGUGCGUUUGUAGGAAAGUGCGUUGUUUUUUGUUAUUUUUUUUUCUCAGCCGAUUAUAAAACGUAGCUUUCCGAGUACACAGUUUAAACUACGUGACAACAAAUUAAUUCACGAGACUUUUAUUUCGCGUUUUUUUUCUACGUUUUUUCUACGUUUUUUCCUUUUCAGUUCAUUUUCCGGCAUUCGCGAUCGAAUUCCGUUGGUUAAACAUCUUUACGAGCACAUUUUUUUUUUCUGUUUUACACAGGCUGUAUACGAGUUCGGUAAAGUUAAGGAUUUGAGAAAAUAAGGAAAUAUCGCUUAGAUCAGUUAUUUCGUGGGCUCGUGACGUGACGAUAUUAGUAAUAUCAAAAUAAGUAUGAGGAUUAAAUUAAAAACCCGCGCGCGACGGUCGUCAACGUUUUACAUUUUCGAUCUCAAAGCAUUUGAAUUAUUAUGUAUACGAUAAAAAGAGUUUACGCAAAAAAAAAUGUCCCGCCACCCGAGACGGCGCGGAUCGCGUGUCUUUAUUUUGGUGUGGACUGUCGCGGGUGGGUGACCGGGACCCGGUAAACGUCAAACAACAACGAUAAUAAAUCAACGGUCAUCGUUCAUUCGCAGGGGCCCGUCGCAGACGUCCGGCGGCGCAGGCGGAUGGAACGAACGGCAACGGGACUACCUGCAGAGGAGACCGGACGGGGACGCCGUGCCGUCGGGCUCGGACGUCCGGCCGUCCGAGCCCGCGCCGCUCCACUACAACGGCCACAGCGGCAUCGGCGCGUCCACCGACAACGGUUUCGCGUACAGGAACCCGUCGACCGCGGCCGCGCCGGGCACCGGCCCGUCUACCGCGGCGACGCCGGCCGCCGACCCGUAACCCGUUCGACGCGCGGCGGACAACGGCAACGUGAUACGACGUCCGCACGCAUUACCAGCGUCGUCGCCAGCCAAUACACGGGCAGAGUGCAAUAUUAUCAUUUCCCCAAUCUUCAUUAGUCGCAGUCGCGCUGUGUCGCCCGUUGCGGACGGGAAAACUCCCGAGGCGAAAACGCCCCGGGGGACGCCAACGCGCGUCUCUGUUAGCCGUUCAAGCGUCCCGCUGUCGUAGCGCACGUGCUUCUUAUCAACAAUAAUAAUAAUAAUAAUAAUAACAUUACGAUAGUUUACGCGGUGUAGCGGUCGCCGGUGGCGUAUUUACGGGGCGGGUGGGGG